AUCAUGACGACUGUUGAGCUCUAUCAUUUACGGAUUAUAUAUUUCUAUGUAACAUUGCUCUCUGAAUUAGUAGGGACAUCACCAUUAUUUUUGUGUCAACACGUUCAGCAGUCAUCAACCAAUGGUUCGUUUGUUGCCAGUCUUGGUUGUGAUGACGACAAGGAGACCUUCUCGCUGACCAUUGAUGGAGUUAAUGAAGUGUGGUCUGUUGACCUGAACAAUACUUUAACAAUUGGUUGGAUCUAUGUCAGCGUUGGUACUGGACAUUAUGAAGUACACGUUACAGAUGGUAACCUAAGAACAAGCACGCCCACACUGUGUCAGAAUUUCAGUUUUACCGGACCAAAUUCCUUAAAGAAAAACAACAAGGUCUUGGAAUGUUCCACAGAAAUGACAGGGGAUACAAUUGUCAUGACAAGAACAGAUUUUGGACCAUUGAGGCUGUUUGACUUGUAUCCCAUAAUUUGUCCCGAAAACCACUACGGACCAAACUGCACUAAAUGCAAAGCAGAGUGUAUACCCUGUAGUCCUAUCACUGGUGUAUGUUUGAAUUCGAUGUGUGACCAAAAAACAGGUAGAUGUGAAGAUUGGAAAACAGAAAUGGUUACAUACAGUACCGCCUCUGACGAAGACACACCUAGUACUAAGGAAAUGAACGUCAUUCAAGGUAUCCUCUAA